AUGACUCAAAGUAACGAAUUCUCGAUUGAUUCGGAAGUUGGUGAUAAUUCGAACUAUUCUCAUCGACAAAACAGCCAAUCAAUAUCUUAUACAAGAUCAGAUAACGAUGUAAAUAAUGAUGAAAACAGUAUUAACCCACCACCAAGUUACGAAGAAUCGAUAGUACAUGCAUUGAAUCAAUUUCAAUUCACCUCAAUGCCGGUCUCUUUAAACUCCCGACCUAUACAAGGGACAAACGAAAGACUACCAUUGUUGAAAAAUACGAGCGAAAGGAUAAAUGGUGACCCACUAAAUUCAACGUACUAUUCAACGAUCGAUUCUCCUCAGAUCAAUGAACUCAAUAUAUUGAGGGACGAUUUGCCGAAUUUUAGAGUUCCAGAAGUUGAGUUUGAUUUGUUAGAGAAUGGAGUCAGUUCCUCGGAUUCGAGGUUGAAUAAAGAUUUGGGAUCGUUAUUUGAAUUUUUCAUUGAACAUAAUGACAAACCGGAAAUGGCCAUAAUAAUUCAAGGAUAUCGUAUUCAUGGACAUGGAAAUGGUAAACAUAGGAAAAAUAUAGAAAUCAUGGAUUUCAAGUUCACAUUAGAUCUAACGGAAUAUGUUUCAUCGCACGGUGAAAUUCGUGCUGUUCCCACUGAGAAUAAACCUAAUCGUAAUGUCAUACAAGCUUUAGAAGAGUAUCUUCAAAGAGACAGCGUGUGGAAAGGUAUUGAGAUGAGAAAGGUAGUCAAUUGGGACUAUGAGACUAUAACAAAAGUCAUUGUAUCAACCAUUCGUCAGCAAGGGUAUCGGCGUCAAAUCAGGAUCUCAUACCCUAGUAGAAAUAACGUAGUCAGA